UUCUGUUAGGCCCAUUAACCGAAUACCUCUCCCCCUCGGCCUCACGUCUCCGGUUUCCACCGUCAUUCAUAUUUAUUCUUUCUUGAAAUCCUUAUUUCUUCAUUAUUUUCAUUAUUAUUAUUUCUCUAUUUUUCAGAAAACCUUAUUUUCUACGUUCUUCCAAUUCCCAAAUUUUCAUUCAUUCUUCGCUUCCAAACAGCCAUAGCGAUUUCUUCAUCGCUUAAUUCAAAGCUUAUUAUCAAUUCACCAAGUUAAUCGUCGAUCAAGGUUUGAGUUUGAAGUGUGAAACAAACACCAUGAGAUUAAAAAAGGGAAGUAAAGUGGAGGUUCUUGCCAGCACUGAGGGGCCGUGUGUCGAAUUUCGAUGUGCUCAAAUUAUCUCUGGUAAUGGGCGAACUUACAGCGUCCAGUACGAGUGCUCUACUGUGACAAGUGAGGCAGGUGUGCAGAGAAUUCAAAGGAAGGCCAUCAGACCCUGCCCCCCUCUUAUUGAAGGUGCUGAGAGCUGGAAAGCUUGUGAUAUUGUGGAGGUUUACGAUGCUGGUUCUUGGAAAGUGGCUACUGUUUUGAAGGUCCUAGGUCGGGAUUUCUACCUGGUAAGGUGCUUGUCAUCUUGCAAGCAGAUGAAGGUUCACAAAGAUGGCAUGAGGGUGCGGCAAUCAUGGAUAAAUGAUCAAUGGAUCAUUAAUCAACAGGAUCUUGGUAAUUCGGGAGGUGGGAAGUCUAGCUGCAAUUUGAUUUCAAACAGUUAUAAGGUGAUGCAUGAAGUUCAGCAACCUGGUACCAGAAAAAAUCAGCAAGAUAGAAGUGAUUGUUUCUCAAGUACAAAUGCUAGUGCUCUCUACAAGCCUUUUGCAGCUUCAUCUAUAGGACUGAAGAGACUGUCUCCAUAUGGUAAUUCUGCUGUUGAUGCUUAUCCCAAAAAGAUGAGGGCUGUUAUAAAUAAGGGUGAGUAUGAAAGAUCCAAAGUGGUUCUGACAGCCCAAAAGGGCCAGUGUGGGAGGCUUUGCCCUGCUUCCAAUGGCUAAACAUGAUGUUAGGUUUGCUACUUUUCACUCCGCAAUUAAUCGGUGACAUCUACCAAUAAUUUUCCUUCCAAGAUAAGGAAUAUCUAUGGUUGGUUCUCUGCCUUUGAAAUAGUAUAGUAUAUUUCAGGUAUGCAUAGAAUUGACAUGUUCAUGAGAACGUUAACUUUCAUAAUGCUGCUGAUAUAAGCAUCAAUUGAAAGAUUAUCUUGUAGUGCUCUUACUCAAAUAUGGCACUUCAUUUCUUGUAUUUGCUUGGUUUUUAGAUUGAUUAUCUUGCUAUGUGAGUGGAGACGGUCCUGUCAACUGAAAUGUAGGUAAGAUGGUAGGAUGUUACAUGAUAUCUUAUUUCUGGUAGCUGGAUGCUCCAUCAAUUUGUCGAAAUCAUAAUUUUUGCUUUCUUGUGUGUGGCUACAUUUCUCAUGGGCAUGCUUGAAUUUGAAACAGCUGUGUUGAACUUGAAUCUGGCAUAUAGAAUGUGGAAGAUCGCUAUCUACUUUGUUGGAACAUACAAGCUAGCAUUUACACUGUUAUUUUAUUUAUAUUAUUUUAUUCAGCUGAUGAGCUGUGGUUAAGGGCGAAAUGCCACUCAAACCUAGAGCUAGUUGGUUCUUCCCUACAUGUGUUGAGGCGCGCAGCAUCUGCUUGGAUGCUUGUGGUAAAACUUUUUGGUGAAAUCAGUACAAACUGUAUAUAGUAGAUAUGAAUUUCACCCCCCCCCCUUCUCUUGCUUUGAGAUCACCCCAUAGUGUGUGCUGAUCCACUUGGUUUGGAUUUUCAUUUGUCGUUAUGGUAGGGUCUCAUUCCGUUUACAUUACUCUCGGUUGUUUCUCUUUGAUCUUCAAUGCAGCUAAGAGUUCCGGACAAUUGCUUCCAAGCUCAAAUCUCGAUCCUCACCUGAGUGCAAAUACUUUGUUAUUGCACCUAACCUUGUAUGUUCAUCGAUUCAUUGUAAUGCUCUAGUCUAAUUAACGUAUUGAAUUGAUGUGCAUUUUUUUUUUUUCUUUUUUUCACAACUGGCUUAUCCAUGGUCAAGCUUGUGGUCACCUUGAUGAGUGGGACAAUUGGUCUAGAGUUUUGAAGUUGUUUCAUACUUAAGGUGAGAUUCAAGCCCUUGACAUUUGGUAAAGGGAGAAUGGGUUCCUUCCACUCAACCGCAUCCCCCUGGCUAUUGACGUGCACAUUAUUGACAUUGUUUCUAUUUUUUUAAAGAUUGCUGAGUCGUUAUUUUGAAAGCCAACUACCUCUUUGUUUAAGCAAAUAUCUAUGAAAGAACUCUACCAUAAUUUUAUCUUCAGAUCGAAUGAGACCAUGAGUCGAUGAAUGUGUAUGUGAAAGAAUAUGGAUGAUAUUAGUUAUGUUGGU